GGCGGUUUGAGUCGCGAAAUAAAAAUAAUAACAAAAAAGCAUAGGUUCACUUGUAAACGCCGUGGCGUUGAGAAAACAGCUCCUCCGAAGUCCAGAUAUAGGAAUAGAAUUCAUAUGAGAUCUCUAUGGCGGACGGCAAUGGACAAUCAAGGUACGUGAAGUUGACGAAGGAUCAUCAAACGCCAGUCGAAGAUAUCACUCCCGGCGAGCUCAAUCAGCCUGUUCUAGUUCCUCAGUUAAUUAUCCACAGAUGUAUUGAGUGCGGCCAACCUCUGCCUGAAAGCUAUGAGCCUCCUGCCGAUGAAGAUUGGACGACCGGAAUUUUUGGCUGUGCUGAUGAUACUGAGAGUUGCUGCACUGGACUCUUUUGCCCGUGCGUGUUGUUUGGACAUAAUAUAGAAGAAUUGAGAGAUGAUAUUCCUUGGAGCAAUGCAUGUGUUUGUCAUGCCAUGUGUGUUGAAGGGGGAAUGGCGCUUGCAGCAGCUACUCUAUUUGUCAAUGGUAUUGAUCCUCAGACUACUUUUCUCAUUUUCGAGGGUCUUUUGUUUACGUGGUGGACGUGUGGAAUAUACACUGGUCUGUUUCGUCAAUCAUUGCAGAAGAAAUAUCAUCUCAAGAAUUCACCAUGUGACCCAUGCAUGGUGCACUGUUGCAUGCAUUGGUGUGCCUUGUGUCAAGAGCACAGGGAGAUGAAGAACCAUCUAUCCGAAAAUUGGGCUACACAGAUGACUGUUGUUAACCCUCCACCAUCGCAGCAGAUGAACUCUGGUGGGAACCAAGAAUCUGCAUCAGAUUAUCAAUCUACUAGAAAUGGUUCACACAUCCAUUUAGAAAUAGAGCCAGUGAAGCAUUGAUGAUUCACCACACAAAGAUGUCUAAAGAGUUUUGAGUUAAUUUUAGUUCAUUUAUUUGUGUUUUCUUUCAUCAUCAUAAUCUCCUUCUUCUUAUCAACAUUUUCUGAUUUUUUUUUUAUAGUCGCAGUGUAUAUCCAUUCUGAGUCCUUGAACUUAGAGCAUAUUAUUCAGGAACUAUGGAAGUUGUUAGCAUGCAACAGGAGAAUUCAGUUAGUUUAUAGUGAUUAAGAUUAUUUUGCUUC